CCCGCACGCUCACGUGCACACGCAGUGAGUCCAGCCCUCUCCUCGAGCUGUGUACACACACACACACACACACACACAGAAGCUCGCAGCUUUCAGCGGCUUCAGUCACACCGGGACACUCAGACACACCGACCGUCGAGAUCCGGGAGCUGCUGCACGAGCAGAGACACACGGAAGGAGGCUCACGAGGAGGACAGAAUCGCGAGGAGGACAGAGGGACAGGGUCGUGAGGACAGCAGGCGGCAGCUGGAGCUCAUCAGGACGUUUUCAGCUGUUCAACUUCACCGACAUCUCAGACAGAUUUCACCGACCGGGAGCCGAGAGGGGACCGAGCUGGACGCGUCGCUUUUUUCUGCAGGAAGAUGGCAUCGACUGACUCGCGGCUGCAGCAGCAGCCCUCCCAGAAGGACGCCGCCGACCAGAACUUUGACUACAUGUUCAAGCUGCUGAUCAUUGGCAACAGCAGCGUGGGAAAAACCUCCUUCCUGUUCCGCUACGCAGACGACUCCUUCACCUCCGCCUUCGUCAGCACCGUCGGCAUCGACUUCAAGGUCAAGACCGUCUUCCGCAACGACAAGAGGAUCAAGCUGCAGAUCUGGGACACAGCAGGACAAGAGCGUUACCGCACCAUCACCACAGCGUACUACAGAGGAGCCAUGGGCUUCCUGCUCAUGUAUGACAUCACUAACCAGGACUCCUUCAGCGCCGUUCAGGACUGGGCGACGCAGAUCAAGACUUAUUCAUGGGACAACGCUCAGGUGAUCCUGGUUGGUAACAAAUGUGACCUGGAGGACGACAGACUCGUCCCCACAGAGGACGGACAGAGACUGGCGGAGGAGCUCGGUUUCCAGUUCUUCGAGGCCAGCGCGAAGGACAACAUCAAUGUGAAGCAGGUGUUCGAGCGUCUCGUGGACGUCAUCUGUGAGAAGAUGAACGAGAGCAUGGAGGGAGACGUCAACCUCGUGUCCAACCACAGGAACCAGGCCCUCAAAGACUCGCCCUCAGAGGGCCACGGGGGCUGCGCCUGCUGAAGCAUCUGCCCCAGUACCAGCUCCCGAACACACACACACUCACACACUCUCUCUCUCUCUCUCACACACACACACACACACACACACACUGUGCCUCAGCCGUGGAAAAGUGCUGCACCUCCUCGUCUCUCUGAACUCCAGCUGGCAGAGAUCCUCUUUCUCUCAGGCUUUUAUUUUCACAGGCCCACUUCCUGUCUCGUGUGUGCUGAGCUGAUCGUCCAGUAAAGUUCGCCGUGUGUGCUGUCCGUCCCCGACAGCAACCUCCUCGACCGCCGCUGCUGCUCCAGCAGUUUAAAGUUAACCCUUUGUGCAGAUUGCUGAAAGCCACAUAGUGUCUGCAGAUGGCUUUACUUCUGGCGUUCAUUGUUUUGUUUGAGCUUCAUUCACGUUCUCUUUUGUUCGGCUGAUUUGAAACGACGUGUGUCAGAAAACGGCAUUUUGAGCUUUGUAAGGCUUAAAGCAGUGAUACUCAAUCUGAGGCCCGUGGGCCAAAUCUGGACCCUGACUGGGAAUAUUUUUUACCUUUAACAUCCAUAAGCUGCUAGAGUGCGUAAAACAGCGUCAAAAUAGAGCUUGUUUAUCAAAAAGUGCCAGUGGAGGAUCUGCCACACCCCCCCACAGAAGUCCCAGCUGAGACCUUAAUGUCCUAAAAUCCUAAAAAUUUCCUAAAAUCCAAGAAAUUUCUUAUUAGCCCAGAAAAGCUUUAAAAUUCUAGAAACACCCUAAAAUGCUAGAAUGUCUUAAAAUCCUUGAAAAUGCUUAGCCCCGUGCACACGGUGCGAUUUUGGGCUCCUCAGACAAAAGGUAACCAUUGUGGCAGAAACGUGGCGAAAUCUUUGGUCGUGGCUCUAAAACGGUCCUACGUCGCUCGGUGAGGUUUGAGGACGGCCGUUGUCACGGUCGUGCUCCCGGCUUGUCAAAGGCGAGUGUUUCCGUGUUAUUCAUCAUUUUAAGAUUGAAAUCACUCUAAAGGCUGAACGCUAAAUCUGAAGCUGCAGCCGGUUUGUUACGACUUCGUGCUUCCAUGUCGUGGACGGUCGUUUAGGGAAUAUCCUCAAAUUUGGCACAAACGUUCACGUGGACUCUAAUCUGAAGUGAUUAAUAUUUGGCGGUCAAAGGUCACUGUGACUUCACAGAACAUGUUUUGGGCUACAACUCAACAAUUUUUAUGCUAACAACAAAAAUUUCACACAAAUUUUAAUCGGAAGAACUGAUAAAGUGAUGACAUUUAAUAUAAAAAAGGUCAAAGGUCAGCUUCACGGUGACAUCAUAAUGUUCAUCAUAAGUAAACUGUAACGCGUGCAGAGGUUUACGUCCUCAAAGCAGUAACUCCUUUCUGUGGUUAAGCCUUUGAAACUUGAGCAAACUGGUUUGAGUUCUUUCAAAAAUAUGGGCAGUGAGCAAUAAAGC